UCGUACCGGUUCUCGAUGGCCAACCUGGAGGAAACGCAAGAAGCCGAACUGGACGCCAUUUUGGGCGAGCUGAGCAUACUGGAGGAGCGCGGUGACCUGCGCCACGGGCGCACCCACAGCCGCACCAACUCGACGAUAUCGGCCGCCACCAACACGACCCUGUCGUCCGAGAGUGGCUGCAGCAGCGUGGCGGCCGAUACGGUAUGCAGCGGAGGCAGCAUCGCGAGCGGCAUGGGUGGCCCCGGUGUGGGCGGUGUCGGGGGUGCCAGCCUCACCCUGCACCGGGAGCCACGGACCGACAGUCCGGACAAUGAUUCGGCCUUCAGCGACACCGUGUCGCUGAUGUCGAGCGAAUCGUCCGCCUCGAGCAGCGUGAGCAGUUCCCAUCUGAAGCAUCUGCAGGCGGCGGUAACGAAUGGCGGUCCCGGUGGGUCCACCGUUGGACACGGUGGAGCCGUCGGCCAUCAGCCGGACGGGGGCAAGGCGGCCAAGAUACAUCUGGCGCUGCAGAAGAUGGAGCAGGCGUCGGUGCGGCGAUUGUUUGUGAAGGCGUUCUCGGCGGACGGAGCCUCGAAGUCGCUGCUGAUCGACGAAACGAUGAGCUGCGGGCACGUGACGCGCCUGCUGGCCGACAAGAACCACGUGCAGAUGGAGCCGACGUGGGCGAUCGUCGAGCACCUGCCCGAGUACCAGAUGGAGCGCCUGUUCGAGGACCACGAGAUGCUCGUGGACAACCUGAUGUUGUGGAACCGUGACUCCAAGAACCGGGUCCUGUUCCUGCGCCGGCCAGAUAAGGUGGCCCUGUUUAGGACACCGGAAACGUUCCUGCCCGGCACACAGAUGGCACCGGGCAGCGAGCAUGACGAGCACACGAGGGCAAUGCUGUUGGAUGAGUUCUUCACCAGUGGCAGCCAGAUCGCACUGGAGGGCCCACUCUACAUGAAGAAUGACGCGAAGAAGGGCUGGAAGAGGUAUCACUUCGUGCUGCGAGCCUCCGGGCUGCACUACUAUCCGAAGGAAAAGACACGCUCGGCGAAGGACCUGCUGUGCCUGGCUCUGUUCGCGGGGCACGAGGUCUACCGUGGGCUCAGCUGGAAGAAGAAGCACAAAGCACCGUCGGACUACACGUUUGCGCUGCGCUGCCCGAAGGUACCGCCCGGCGUUAAGGGCAUCCGAUCGGUGAAGAUGCUGUGCGCCGAGGAUGCGGCAACAAUGGAAAACUGGGUCACUGCCAUACGGGUGAUGAAGUAUGGCAAGAAGCUGUUGGACAACCACCGGACACUGUUGGACGAUCUGGCACGGGAAGAGCUGGAUAAGCUGAGUUCGGCCAGAAGUAGCUCCAUCGGGAGCAUCGUCUCGUCCGUGCCGUCACAGUGCAGCACGAGCAGCAGCAACAGCAGUGGCAGCGGUGGCGGUAUCGUCGGCAGUCACCUAGUUCCGGGCGGAGCACAUCUGACGGGCGGAAGUGCCAACAGUAACGGGCGCCUGUCGCGGGCGUCUUCGUCCAGCUCGAGCGGUUGCCUGUCGGACGAGAACAAUGGAUUCGACUCGGAGUUCCCGACCGGGACGAUUAAACGGAAACCGUCGAUGAAGCCCAACCUGCCGCUGACGUCGAUGACGCGCCAGCUGAAGGAGGUCGGUGAAACGACGAGACUGAAGGAUGGUUCCGGUGGGGCCGGACCAAAUGCGACGAUCGGAUCUCCUGCGGGUGAGGCGCGCGACGGCGGAACACUGACCCGAAGGCACAGCCGGCGAAGGAGCGAGGAGAGCACCGGAAGCGGCACGCUAAAGCGACGGCCACCGAUGCCGAGCCAGCAGAAUCGGGGUUCGAUUGAAAGCAUGAGUUCCUCCGCGUCCACACCGACCCCUGUUGGCAGUUUGGUGAACACACCGAUCAAUUUUGAGCCCCCUACCUCCAUCCUGAGCGGCGGAGCAGGGCUAAUGCACCACCAUCUCACGAUGACGCCACCAAUGUCACCUUCCGGCAGCAACCCAAUCAACGGUGGGUCUCCAACGGUCGUCGUCGAACCUCCGAUGAUACCUUCCUGCAUGACGGAUUCCACAUUUUCGUUACCACCUCCUCCGCCCGCCGACGAUCCGAUGCUGGGUGCGGCUUUCUCCGGUUCGACCCUGUCGCUCGACUCACUGCCUCCGCCACCGACCCAGACCGAGCUGGACAAUUCGUUCAGCGGAUCUCAGCUGUCGCUGGCUUCCGUGCAAUUUCCUCCGCCACCACCGCCAUCCGCAACAGUGGCCACGGUGCCCAUGCAAUUCUCCCCUGCCUCGACACAGGUCGCAGCUGCUCCGGGAGCUCCGGUUAAUGGGGCGCUUCGGCAACAGCACCCGGGCGCGGGGAUGCCCUCGGUGGCGCAGUCGAUCAUGAAGCUGAACCACAGCCACACACUGCCGAGCCCGGUGACGACGCCGAUCCUGAAGAAGGAACCGAUCUACUCGAAAACCCUCAAACCGUCGGCCCUGAAGGCGCCCCCGUACAAGGCGCCUCCGCCGUACAACGGGGCCGACGGCUCCACGGUGGACUCACCACCAGCGGCCACCAAGAGUGUGUCGUUCGCCGAAUCGCCCGUGCUGUUGCGGCGCAAGGUUUGCUUCGAGGACGAGCUGCAGGACGUCCCGCCGUCGCCACGACGCCUGUGCGCCUCGUACAGUAGCCCCGGUGGACCGGCCAGUCCGCCGGUGCCACCUCCGCGGGCCGAGGCGACGCGCCUCUCGACGACCUACACCUCACCCAAGCGGCUGAGCGAAUCGAGCGCCAAUCCGCCCCGUGACUUCCUCAAGGAUCUGCAGCGCGUCAUGAACAAAAAGUGGCAGGUGGCGCAGAAGUGCAAACUCGAGCCGGCCACCACGCCCCACGAGGUGCUCGGUUUCCGCGACAUGCACGGCGCCGAGCUGUACUCCUCGGCCACCCCGUACUACCGCGAGACGGCCAACGUGAGCAACUGGGUGCAGGAACAUUACGGGGCGCCGGACGGGCUAUACGAAAAUCUCGGCAGCAACAUGGGCAUCGAGCCGAACUAUCCGAUCGGCAUGCCGGUGGCACACGUCUUGGUGGCACCGGUAGUGCCGACGGCGGCCGGCGUCAAGAAGCGCCCUCCACCGCCACCUCCGAAGCGAAGCGAAAAGACGCAACUGACCACCACCGGAACACCGCAGCAUCAGCUACACCACCAGCAGCAGCAGCAGCAACAGCAUCACUAUCACCAACAGCAUCAGCAGCAGCAGCAGCAACAACAGCUGCUGAACCAUCAGUUCCUACAGCAACAGCAGCAUCAGCAGCAGCAACCGCAACCGACUCACCAACAGCGCGUCUGA